AUGGCGCCCGGCUUUGAUCAACUUUCCGACCAUGAUUACCAAGAUGAGGAAGAUAAUAUCGACUUUAGCGACUUGAAGGAACGCUAUGAUGUGCGCAUGGAAGAAGGCCUGGAUACCUUUGUGGUUAUCGAUGGCCUCCCAAUCGUCAAUCAAGAUCAAAAGCCAAAACUCGUCAAAUUCCUCCUGAAAAGACUAAACACCGUCGGCAGAAUAAAGGAUGGCGAAGAGUCCAUUUUUAUGCCUAUGAGUGACGCAGGCAAUUCUGAAGGCUUUGCCUUCGUCGAAUAUCAAACCCCCGAGCAAGCAGUUGCCGCUACAAAACAGCUCCAUGGAACUGCCCUUGACAAGAAGCACACCCUUGCCGUCAACAAACUCACUGAUAUUGAGAAGUAUGGACGAGAAGGAAGAAUAGACGAACAGUAUGUUCCUCCAGAGAUCGAACCUUUCGCCGACAAAGAACACCUUCGAUCAUGGCUGUUUGACCCCGGUGCCCGCGAUCAAUUCGCUAUGUUCCGAGGAGACAACGUCGGCGUAUUUUGGAACAAUAAGAGAGAUAACCCCGAACCUAUUGUCGACCGCAAACACUGGACACAGCUAUUCGUAUCCUGGUCACCACUAGGGACAUAUUUGGCAUCAGUUCAUCAGCAGGGAGUUCAGUUAUGGGGCGGAGCUUCUUUUAAGAGAAUCAAGCAAUUCCCUCAUCCUUUUGUCAGUCUGAUUGAAUUCUCCCCAGGUGAGAAGUUCUUGACAACGUGGUCUAAUCAACCUAUCGUUGUGGAGGAAGGAAAAGGUCCUCUCACUAUUGACGAGGAAGGAAAGCACAUUGUCAUUUGGGAUAUUGAGACCGGCAAACCCCUUCGAUCUUUUGUCGCCCACGAUCUCGCUCCCGCUGCCGGUUCAGAUGGUGGAGUGGUCCCUCCUAAGGCGAAAGUCCAAUGGCCUGCCUUCAAAUGGUCCGCCGAUGAGAAAUACGUCGCAAGAAUGAAACCUGGUGAGAGUAUCUCUGUCUACGAAACACCCCGGAUGAACCUACUCGACAAGACAUCCGUCAAAGUCGACGGAUUGGUGGACUUUGAAUGGGCCCCAGCCACCACUCAGCGUGAGGGUGUCAAGACAUACGAACAGCUUCUCUGCUUCUGGACUCCCGAGAUUGGUUCAAAUCCCGCCAAAGUGACCUUGAUGUCAUUCCCUACGAAAGAGGUUGUGAGGACCCGAAAUCUUUUCAACGUCACAGAUGCAAAGCUGCACUGGCAAUCCGAGGCCAAAUUUAUCUGUGUCAAGGUCGAUAGGCAUUCAAAGUCCAAGAAGUCGCUGGCAACAAAUCUAGAAAUCUUUCGCAUCAAAGAGAAGGGUGUCCCCGUCGAAGUCGUCGACAGUCUCAAAGACACAGUCAUCAACUUCGCCUGGGAACCCAAAGGUGACCGAUUCGUGCUCAUUACGACUGGUGAAGCGGUUGCAGGCAGCAAUGUUCUACCCAAGACGGCAGUCUCCUUCUUUGCACCCGAGAAAGUCAAAGGUGCAGGUACUGGUGCAUUCAAACAUGUCCGAACUUUUGACAAGAAGAACAGCAACGGCAUUUACUGGUCGCCGCGUGGUCGAUUUGUGGUAGUUGCAACUGUGAGCGUACAGCAGCACUCAGAUAUCGACUUCUAUGAUCUAGACUACGAGGGUGACAAGCCAGAAAGCGAUGCCGCCCUAGCUGCAAAUCUGAUGCUCAUGAAUACCGAAGAUCACUAUGGCAUGACCGACGUAGAUUGGGACCCCACUGGACGAUAUGUUACUACUAGUGCUAGUGUAUGGACGCAUCAGAUGGAAAACGGCUUCAGGCUCUGGACAUUCUACGGGCAACUCCUCUCGGAAAACCCCAUCGAGAAAUUCAAGCAACUCCUCUGGCGGCCGCGACCAGCCACCGUGCUCAGCAAAGAAGAACAACGGACUGUCCGACGCAACCUGCGCGAGUACAGCAAGGAGUUCGACGAGCUGGACAAGGAGCUCGAGGAAGGCGCUAACGCCGCGGUCAUCGAGGCCCGCCGCCGCCUCUACCAGGAAUGGUACAGCUGGGUGCGCGAGGAGAAGGAGCGCCUGAAGGAGGAACGCGAGGAACUCGGCCUACCGGACCCUGACGAAGAACUCAAAUUACAGCGCACACGCAGCGUCGGCGACGCCGAGGGCGAGAAGGUCGUUGAGGAAGUCGUCGAGGAGGUCAUCGAAGAGACGGAGGAGAUCGUCUCGUAG